AUGGGAACUUCACCGUACGGCAGCGGGCAUGGAAGAGGGCUGUCCGACACAGUAAACACUUCACGGGGAAGCACGAGGUUCGCACAAGGUGCCUAUAGCCCUCCAUCGCCAGCUUGGUCCGCGGAAGAUUCCAAGAUUGGGGUACACAAUGGCCACAAUGCUGCCUCUAAAGCCGCAGCAAGCGCUGCUUUCUUUGGCAAGAAACACGUUUCCCAAGAUCACGCCCAACCUCCUCUAUCCAGCAUGCGAGCCGAGACGCCGCGGAGGGACUCCACGACGCUCGGUACCGCAUAUCGGCUAGACGGACCUACCAUUGGCGCCUUUCCCGCUGAGACUCCCGAUGUCUUUGAAAGUGGCGCUGGAAUGGGCAAUGAAGAGGGCAACGUUGGUUCCAGAGCAGAAGAAGAACAUGAUGAAAACGAGUGGGAGGACGAGGAUAUUCACGAUACGGCCGGGGCUGUAGCAUCACAGCCUGGACCAAAGGACAAAGAUGAAUGGGUCAAGGAAGAAACCAAAGAGACGCCGGAACAGACGUCACAUAUCACACAGAGGCACUCUGAGGUGACUGAAUAUAUUCCAGAGAAUUCCGCGGAUGGGGUAUCAGGGCAGCACAUAGAGCGGAAGAUAGAAAAGGAUACCGUGCGGAAGGAGAUCAUUGAGAAACGGGUUGACAAUCAAGCGUCAGAAAAUACUGGAAAGCCAGCCCAGAAGCCCAGCUAUGCAGCAAUGGUUGCAAAGGAGCGAGAACCGUCUCCUGUUCCCGCCGUUCCCCUCGCCCCUAUUGCUCCCGCUGCUCCCGCUGCUCCCGUUGCUCCCGUUGUUCGCGCUGCCCCUGAAAUGCCGCCUGCGCCUAUUCCGCCGUUAAAAGUGCCCACUCCGUCCACGCAAGCUCCAGCUCCAGCUCCAGCCCCAGUCCAGGCGCCAGCUCCUGUUCCUAUCCCGGCUCCUAUCCCAGUGCCUCUAAUGAAACAGGAACAGCCCCCGGCAGAGAGGACCGAGCAACCCCAAGCUGCGACAGCACAGGAACAGGUUCCAGCUCCCACGGCGAACCAGGAGGCAAUCCCAGCAACGAAGCAAGAAGUGCCACCUACAGACACCUCAGGACUGGCGGCACCAGUAGUUCCAGUAAAGGCCCCGGAAAGGAUGGUUGCCACUGACCCUGUACUUCCGGGUAGCGUUCCCGCCUUAGCAUCCGCAGACGCCCAGGUGCAAGCAGCAGUAGCCACAGCUGGUACCUCGAAGGUUUCGGAGAAUAAAGAAGCUAUUCGGAAGCAAGCAGACGAGCAGAAGUCUCAACUCACUCGCCAGCAGAGGAAAGAAGUAGAAAAAGAAGAGAAGGUUAGGAGGAAGCAGAAGGCGAAGGAGCAAAAGGCCCGUGAUAAGGAGUUCAAGGAGAGCCAAAAACAGCUCCGAAAGGGCCAUCUGCGCCCGGCAGACGCAGGAGCGAAAAAACUGGGCUUGAGGCAGAGGAUUGCUAACCGAUUAUCGAAGUACCUGGUUUAA